AUGCGGAAAGAUGGACUGUGGAAGGCGUUCGUCCUCUUCCGCACUAUCACGAGCAUUCUGCCGGCGACGUCGUUCGAUUUGGACAGGUACUACAACGACAGACUGGUCAUUCGGGAAUUCGGAAACUCGUCCGCGUUCUACACAACUGCACAAUCGGUAAGUAGAAUGAAACCAUGAAGCAAAAAGAAAAACGACCUUUCAGAGGAAAGAAGCGGAGGCUCACUUGUCUAUAAUAUCCCCGAAUUGCACUUUCCCCAGUGGUAUGCCCUUUUACUUUCCCAUCUAAUGAACCGGCGACGUUUUCAGACGUCCAAGAGUACACCUGUGAGCACAUAGACAAUGAUUUCUGCGAGUACAAUAGGAAAAAAGAGGAGGAAGGAAGAAGCAGGUGGAAAAGUUACGGUUACGUCCGAGAAGGAUGUCACUGUGACCUGGAAAUUUGCGGCGAGGAGGCCGGACUGAACUCGACACGGACCGUACUUUAUCCAGGAUGCACUUGUGACGAAGAAAUCAAAAGUAUGUGGGGCUGAUGAUGCCCAAUUUUGAAUGACUUUAUACUUUUCAGAUGAGCAAUGCAAUUUUAACAUUUCCUGUCCGUUUUGGUACGAUAAAAGUGACCACGACGACUUGGGGUUUAACGUUAUCCCUCCGAAAUCGCAUAAUACAUUCAGUAAGUAACCAUGUACAGCUUUCAGUAAAGUUCCCAUUCUUCAGAAAACUUCAUCCAAGCCGGAACAGCUGACCAGUUAUUCCACAAAAAGACCAUCUCACUGAAGAGUGUUCCAUUCCGACAGAGCGGCAUCAACGUGAGUUUUCCCGUUUUGGUAGUUCGACACAUCCGAUGCUUGUCAGUGUACUCUCCGCUUCAUGCACCACUUCGCUCCGCAGUCGCCCCUUUCCAAACUCGUAGUCAGAGCUCAUUUGGAAAAAAGCGGUGAAGCGAAAAUUCUUUACGAGUUCGCGACGGAUACCGAAAAGAUUUCGUGAGUACAAUAAUCGUACAGGUAAAAUUAUCCUAUCUUAAGUUCGAGCAUCAGAUGGCAGACGAUCGUCCUGGAGAUCGGCUCGUUUUCUCAGCCGUUCCAUCUGUCCAUCGACUGCGAAACGGGCGCCAUUCCGAAGAAAUGGAAGAACAAAGAGAAAGAGGAGAUCAGGAAAAUGAACCGAUCCUUUUUUGUGUGCAGUCUCGCGAAAAUCCAAUUCGAUAGUUGUGUCGGUGAGUGAGCGUCGGAGAGCGCAGAUCGGAAAGGUCUUUUUUCCUUUUUCAGACAUCCGAAAUCCUGUGGAACGCUGUCUUCGAGGCGAUCAGUUAAUUUGUUCCACCCCGACCAACACGAGAUGUUUGGCAGACUCUGAAUGUGACAUCAAAGAGGACUGCGAAGAUGGAUCCGAUGAGGCUCACUGUGGUGGGUGCAAUAGUGGUUACUUCAUUUAUAACCUACAAACUUUCAGACAGUAUGGUCCGGGGAAGUAUGUGUGACUUUAGUAAAGUGUGCGAUGGAUGGUACCAGACAGUGAGAAUCUCAGACUACCAAGAGAAUCAGUUUGAACCGACAACAGUGGCUCCGCUCAAUAAAUUAGAAGAGACUCCGAUCAGUCUUCUGCGAAUCAAGUUCCCCUCCUCCAAACUCAGCGUGACGCGAGAAGCUCGCAGAGGAUCUGGUCCCCUCCUCCUCUACGAAUCGGUCGAAGCGAGAAAACUGUCGAGAAGAACUGCGGUCAUGGCAUCACCCCGAUUUCCGAGGACCAACCCGGAAGCAUACAAUCCUGACAGCAAAUUUUUUGGCAGUUGCAAGGUAAUAUCGUUGACGGCUUUUAUAAAUCUCAAAACAUUCAGUUGCGGUUCUACGUGUGCGCAAGAACCUACUCGACCACUUGGUCCCUUUCAAUCAUAUCGAAAAUGAACAAUCCGUUGGACAGUGGAAGAACGCAUCUGUACGAGUCGAGAGCAUUUGAGGAAACAUAUGUGCAGGCGGCGGUCUGUGAAUGGCAGCGAACUUUGGUGCCGGUGCCGCGACAGAACGACGCCUUCCGACUGGGAAUCUUCGUGGAUCAUCAGUUCGACCGGGACGACUUCUUCGCCCUCGACGAUCUUUCAUUCAGUCCGUCCUGUUUUGAGAAAAGUAAUAGUGAGACGUCCGUUGAUUUUCCAUUUUCGAAUUCUUUCAGACUCUAACCAGUCCACGUGGGAGAUACCGGAUCUUCUGAUCUCAACCUGCGGAGCUUCCGGUUUCGAGAGACCUCAUGACUGUAAUUCAUUCCGAGCAUUGGACGGACAGACGGGACACUUUAUGAAAGAAGACGGGACUCAGGAAUGGACGGUUCCCGUCACUGGAUUCUAUCGGAUCGAGGCGUGCGGAGCGGGCGGAGGCUCAACGGAUCGAAAGGAAGGACAGAAAGGAGAGUGUCUGACUCUUCAAGUGCAUCUGCUCGAGAACAUUGCAUUGCGCAUGCUAAUUGGGCAUAUGGGGGAGAGCCCGUGCGUUGCGGAGCUUAAUGAGGAGCUCAAGCCUGCAUCGUGCGCAAAAACGAGUGCAGUGAAGCAAAAGAGCCGAGAUGGAGGCGCCGGGGGAGGCGGAGCAACUCUAAUCCAAAUCGAAUCCAACGUUUGGAAUGUGAUCGUUGGCGGAGGAGCGGGAGCAUCGUGGAAUUCUGAAGAUACGAAGGCAGGGUACGGGGCAUCGCAGCUACCUGUAGACAUUGACGAUCAGUGCACAACAAUCUGUCGAGCAGUCUCUCACACCGAGUUCAUAAUCGAUAAGAACGUGGAUCUCUGUCCGAAACCGAAUGAGAACCAGACGACAGUCUUCGGAGGCUUCGGAGGCGGCGGCAACUCGUGUGGAAUGCUCGGCGGAAGUGGAGCAGGGUACAAAGGGGGCAACCCGUUCGGGAAGGGCAGGGAACGGAGUGGGACGAGCAACGUAACCGAGAACUUCUCGAAAGAUGUCGGGUACUAUCAGGCGAUGCACGUCGAAGAUGGCUUCAUCAAGAUCAGUGAGUUUCGUCGUAAGAAAAGUUUGAUAACGUUCCCUUCACUCAGGCUUCUGCCGGACACUUUGCACUCCUCCGUCUGUGUGCCGUUUCAAAGGAGACUCGUUCGCCGAGGAGUUCUGCGGAUGUCCUGAUGGAUCCGACUUCACGAACACCUCCGGAUCGUGUGCUUGCUCUCUCGGUUGUCCUGCUGGUGCCACGUGUCUUUAUCGUAACUUCACUUCCGAGCCGUUUUGCAUGUGUGGCAGUGGAAAGUUUAUCGAGGAUCUCUCCAAUGAUUUCUGCGGUCAGUGACUUCGUUUUCGAGACAUUUCCAACUAUUUCUGUGUUCAGAAGGUUAUGAAGGUUGGACAUGGCACAAUUAUGUUCUCCUCCUCUUCAUCAUUUUCCUGGUUAUUGGCUCAGUUAUCGGUUAGUCCUAUUCUAUUUGUCUUCUUGUCAUCUAAAACAUGAAUUCAGCGGUGACCCACUACCGUAACCGAACCAACAAGAUGAAGCAUCAACUCUUAGAGCUCAAAUACGUUGCAUCGGUAAGUGAAUUCCACAUACAAUACACCUGCUCUCUUUCCAGACAUUCCGAGAAAUGACAUACGACGACGUGUAUUUCGGUAAUCAAACAAGAAAAGAAGCGGUCAGCAAGUUGCCGACACUCGACAGAAAUGUGGUCGAAAUCGGCAAUAUUAUCGGAAAAGGAAACUUUGGAGAGGUGUUUUCCGGCAACUACAAUGAGCACAGAUUGGCAAUCAAAACAAUAUCGAAGGCGUUCGGAUCGACCGCUUCCGCGCAGGUCGAUUUCAUAAACGAGGCACUUUGCAUGGGGUGAGCUCGGAGAGAAUCGAAACAAUCGAAAUGAAUGAUUCAGGACUUUCAAGCACGAAAGUAUCGUUCAACUGAUCGGAGUGGACUUCGACUCUCCCCCGUAUAUGAUUUCAUCGAGUACAUGGAAGGCGGCGAUUUGCUUUCGUUUGUCAAGGACGCUCGGCCUAAUGUACAAAGAUCUUCUACUGUCUUGAAUAACCUUUUCUUCUGCUUACAGCAAGUCUCUCUCAACCCGUUCCAUCUGACAAUGGCCGAUCUUCUGCGAAUCAGUUAUGACGUGGCAGCCGGAUGCAGAUGUCUGGAGGAAUACGGAUAUGUGCACAGGGACAUUGCCGCGAGGAACAUUCUGCUGACUGAGAGAGGUGCUCAGCGAGUUGCAAAGAUUGCCGACUUCGGAAUGGCGAAGGCUAUCAACAAAUACGGUUCCGAGUACUAUCGAGUGCACGGCAGAGCCAUGCUCCCCAUAAAAUGGACCCCUCCCGAGUCGUUCAUCGACGGCGUCUUCACAACAAAAUCCGACAUCUGGAGCUACGGAAUCCUUUGCUGGGAGAUCUUCUCCCUGGGCGUCGUUCCUUAUCCGAACAGACGGAACGAAGAAGUGAUGCUGAUGCUGACGGAGGGCGGACGACUCGAAUACCCGUACGGAAUCCCCACGCGCGUCUACCAACUCAUGAGGGAAUGCUGGCGAACUUCGUCCUCCGAUCGCCCCUCGUUCGCUCAUGUCGUCGAAACUCUGAUGGAUAUUCUCUCCGACUCCUACGCCGUCGGAAUGCCGUUCCCAAUCCAUCCGACCGUCCGAGCCAAAUACGCCCACGCGCAGUCCACGCCCGUGUCCGUGGAGACUCCUCAAACCGCCGUGACGGAUAUCUCCGCGAGCAGUGUGUUCCCGGACGCGUCGACGGUCAAAGUGACGAAUACACAGCAAGAUAUUCAGGACAGAAUCACAUGUAAGUGAUCGUUUCAGACAGAUUAUGAUAAAAGUUAUUUCAGUGCACGAGAUAAUGCUGACGCGGGAGCUACCGUACUCCUCCGAAAUGACUGCUUGUGUUGUGGACAACCUUCGAAAGGAUCUUGCCAGAUCUCAGUUCGAACUCGGAAUGACAAGUGUUCCGCAGCCGAAAUACUUGUCCCCCGACAGCAUCGACGAGUCAAUUCAGCUGAUUCCCAACGGGAACACCGUCCAAGAGCAGACUCCGCCCACUUCCAUGGUCGAUUUGAAUCGACUGGCGGUUCAGGAUACGGUAAGAACAGAAUCUGUGGAUUGAACCGAAGUCUGAUUUGUUUCCAGGGACCGACACUUCAUCGACCAGAUUCCCUCAACAUCAGUGACUACUACUGCUCGGUUCCGCUGCUAGAAAUCCAGACGACAUAG